AUGCCUUUUAUCCUCCCAAAGACCACUUUCCGCGACCGUCAGGCAGCCAACCCCAACUGGACUGAAACCGAGUUGCUCAACUCGGGCAAUGCUCACAGCGAGCCCGCUGCCGAAAACGAUGUAACCAUCGUCGGUGGUGGUAUCCACGGUCUUAUGUACGCGAUUCACGCGCGAAAAGUCCAUCCGGAGGCGAAGUUGAACAUCUCGCUCUUCGAAAAAGCUGCUAGGCCCCAAUGGAAGAUCGGCGAAUCCACACUUCCUCAUUUCGCACAAUGGACAAAGUCAGCCGGUAUGGCGGCAGAUUACCUUCUCCGUUUCUUCGGUUUGCAUAGUGGACUGGAAUUCUUCUUCUUGGACCGCAACGAUCCCGAUGCGUAUACUGCCUGGUGCAACAAUGGGCCUCCACCAUUCUUGGCCCCGGGCUAUCAACUCCAGCGCUCCAUGUCAGAGCUUGUCUUCACUGUCUUCGCUCAACGCCUGGGUGUCAAUGUCUGGCAUGGACACGCAGCGGACAUCCAGAACACCGUUCUUUCUCAGGAAGGCGACACUGUACCAAUCAUUCGUCAAUCUGACAAGACCCAAACUGUUGUUGCAAAAUCUCCCCUCGUGGUCGAUGGCACAGGCCGCUUCCGUCAAUACGCAAGCAAGGCAGCCCGUCUCCGCCGGUUCGAGAACUUCAACACGGAUGCAUUCUUCGCUUACUGGGAGGGCACGAACGAAAAUGAAGUUCCUAAGGAACUUGAAGGCUUUGAGGGUGGCCAUACCAGCCACAUUUGCUUCCCUGAGGGAUGGAUGUACCUAAUCCGCAUGCUGUCCUGGCACGAUUCGCCUAUGGCUGGUCUCCUUGACAUGAUCAACUAUAUGCUGGAUCAUGCCGAGCUGGGUACCCCACACGACGAGCUUCCCUCCAGCGCCGAGUUGUGUGAAAUGUUUGGCUGCAAGAUGAAGUGGAUUUGGAGCAUCGGUUACGCCUGCCGAGACGAUACCGCCUAUCCCGCAGACCUGGCCAGCUACGGAAGCGUCGAUGCUGAACGGCGAUUCAACUUCAUCACCAAAAAGUACAAGAAAUUGGGAGACGUUAUGCGCCACUUUACGCUGCUCCCGGAUUACCACGGUCCCGGAACGACAUGGUACAUUCGUAAGCAGCUCACCUACCAGUCUCAGGUCGUUUCGGGCCCGGGUUGGGUAACGAUCGGAGAUGGAAUCGGCUUCACGAACCCGCUCCUCAGCCCUGGCAUCAAUGCGGGCAUGGCCUCUACAACCUUUGCCGCUGAAUUGACCGCCGCGGCGCUCAAGACCAAGACAGAAGAAGAGCGCAUUGCUGUAUGGAAGCAGUACGAUGAUUACUGUGCGGCUGCUGUUCCAUCUCUUAACCAAAUGAACCAAUUCCUUUACCUCACGUUCAUGCACCCGUUGCUGGGUCCGCGCAUCGGCUUUUUGUGGACCAUCAUGCUGGGUCACGCGCUCCCCCGAUAUGGUCUUCCUCGUACGGCGUUCACCGUCGAUCUCAAGAACUUCGCUAGUUACGCGACCAAAUGGCUCUGGGGUUCGCAGGUCCCGGACUGGGUCAAAGUCGCAGAAUACUGCACUGCCAAACUUAUGCCCCUGGACCUCAACAAGACUGUGCCGCAAGAGGUUGUCGACGACCUGAUCGCAUUCUCUGAGAAGGUCAAGGACGAGGCUUUGGCUGCUGGGCCAGGGUACAUCCUCGGCUUCCCCUUCCGAUAUGAGGGCGAAUACCGUGGCUUCGGGCCGAUGCUGGAAUGGGACCCCGUCAAGUAUAAGGCUCAGGACCGCUACCAAUCUCAAUGCCAUGCCUGCCUGACCUGGCUCCCCUGCCGAGGCGACUGGCGCAAGUGCAGCGCCUGCGGAGUCAUGCGGCCCCUGGAGGACUGCGAGAUCCUCUGGAACGGGCGACCAAGCGACUUUGAACUGAGCAAGUUCGCCAUGAUCGCGCCGAACUACAAGUCUGUUGGCCAAGUCCUUGUUGACUAUGUCAAGGACCGCGAAAUGAGCUGCAUGUGCGAGAAACCGAUGGACGACAUGAUGGAAAAGCCGAUGAUGAACGGGAACGGCAAAAUGCAUAUGGAAAAUGGGAUGAUGUAA